AUGGUGGUAUACACACUGUUAUGUGCUUCUUUCACCUAUAAUAUGAAUAAAAAUAGCAACAAACUAUACCAAACCACUUAAAUGAGAUACACCUAUUACACCGAAAUCGGCACUGGGGUCUCAGCCAACGCCUUCCUCCUUCUCUCCCACAUCCUCAAAUUCUUACUCCAGCACAGACCCAGGCCCACAGACCUACCCAUAGCUCUCCUGGCCCUCACCCACCUGGUGAUACUGGUCAUUUCGGGGUUCAUGGCUACAGACAUGUUUGAGUUCUGGGGCGUCUUGGAUGACAUCACAUGUAAAGCAAUUGUCUACGUGUACCGGGUGCUGCGGGGCCUCUCGCUGUGUAUCACCUGCCUGCUCAGUGUCCUCCAGGCCAUCACCCUCAGCCCCAGGAGCUCCUGGUUGGCCAAGUUCAAACACACACACUCUGGUCACAGCCUAGGCUCUCUCCUUCUCUUGUGGGUCUUCUAUAUGGCUGUCAGCAGUCACCACAUAUACACCAUCAUGGCCACCCCCAAUGGGACCUCAGACAAUCCACUGUUCCUCAGUGAAUUCUGCUCUGCUUGGCCCAUGAGCUACUUCCUCAGACAGAUAUUUUCAAUGUUGGUGACUUUGAGAGAAGUCCCCCUUAUAGGGCUCAUGGCGCUCUCCAGUGGCUACAUGGUGACUCUCCUGUGCAGGCACAAGAGGCAGUCCCGACACCUUCACGGCACCAGCCUUUCUCCACGAGCCUCCCCCGAGCACAGGGCCACUCUCAGCAUCCUGCUGCUCAUGGGCCUCUUCACGGUCAUGUCCAUCCUGGACUGCAUUUUCUCUUCUUCUAGAGUCAUUUGGAGCACCAACCCGACUUUUUAUCGUGUCUACAUUAUCGUGGCCCACAGCUAUGCCACAAUCAGUCCUUUGGUGUUCAUCUGUACUGAAAAACGCUUAGUCACCUUGCUGAAAUCCAUCUGGAUAUUUAACUCUCAAGGGAUGGGUAAGCUCCCUAGAUGA